CAUAAGGACGCGGUGAGCCAGCAAAACUGUACCUUUCGACAAAGUCAGCGUAUAUAUCAGACAUACGCCUUUGAGAUCAAUUGCAACAUAUUUCUGUAUUCCACGAAUUACCCCGCCAAUACCCCGCAUCAUCAUGGACGCCAUUAAGGAUACCGUCAACAGCGCGCUUGAGAAGCUCAACAUCACCGGAGGCGCACCCCAGGGUACACCGGCGAAGGAGCCAACAGAGGAGCAGCUGAAUGAGCUCAAGUCCAAGUACCAGAAGGCCGGCCAAGAGCAAGUUUUCGCCUUCUACGACAAGCUCUCCACAGCUGAGAGGGCGACCCUCUACGAGCAGCUGAGCAACUUCAACCCCGACUACAUCAACGAAAUCACCGAGCGAGCCCUCCACCCCGCCGAAACCGAAGCCAGCGAGAACAAGCUCGAGCCCCUGCCCGAGAAUGCCACAUCCUCCGUCCUCUCCUCCUCCCAGGAGGAUCUCGACAGAUGGUACGACAGCGGACUGGACCUGAUCGCCGAGAACAAGGUCGCGGUUGUGCUCAUGGCUGGUGGCCAGGGCACCCGUCUGGGCAGCUCAGCGCCUAAGGGGUGCUUCGACAUUGGCCUUCCCAGCAAGAAGAGCCUGUUCCAACUGCAGGGCGAGAGGAUCAGGAAGGCUGAGAUGCUGGCCGCCAAGAAGCACAACAAGGAGAGCGUAACCAUCCCAUGGUACGUCAUGACCAGCGGUCCUACUCGCGGCCCUACCGCCGACUUCUUCGAGAAGCAUAACUACUUUGGCCUGAAGAAGGAGAACGUCGUCAUCUUCGAGCAGGGUGUCUUGCCAUGCAUCUCGAACGAGGGCAAGAUCCUGCUAGAGAGCAAGUCAAAGGUCGCUGUCGCACCCGAUGGCAAUGGCGGUCUCUACCAAGCUCUCAUCCAGUCCGGCGUCGUACAAGACAUGGGCAAGCGCGGCAUCCAGCACAUCCACGCAUACUGUGUCGACAACUGCCUCGUCAAGGUCGCCGACCCCGUCUUUAUCGGUUUCUCCGCCUCAAAGAACGUCGACAUCGCUACCAAGGUCGUCCGCAAGCGCAAUGCCAAGGAGUCCGUCGGACUUAUCCUGCAGAAAAACGGCAAACCAGACGUUGUCGAAUAUUCGGAAAUCUCCAGCGAAGACGCAGAGGCCAAGGACUCCAAGGACUCCAGCCUGCUCAAGUUCCGCGCUGCCAACAUUGUCAACCACUACUACUCAUACAAGUUCCUUGAGAGCAUUCCAGAGUGGGCAAAGAAGCUGCCCCACCACGUCGCCCGCAAGAAGAUUCCUUUCGUCAACACCGAGACCGGCGAGACAGUCAAGCCAGAGAAGCCAAAUGGCAUCAAGCUGGAGCAGUUUGUCUUUGACUGCUUCCCCUUCCUCACUCUGGAGAAGUUUGCCUGCAUGGAAGUGAAGCGUGAGGACGAGUUCUCGCCCUUGAAGAACGCUCGUGGAACUGGAGAAGACGACCCAGAUACCAGCAAGGCGGACAUCAUGACCCAGGGGAGGAAAUGGGUGCAAGCCGCCGGUGCGACCGUUGUCAGCGAGGACUCCGAAUCCUACGUCGAAGUUUCACCAUUGAUCUCCUACGGUGGCGAAGGCCUUGACUUCCUCAAGAAUAGGACGAUCAAGGCGCCUGCGGUCAUCGAGUCUGAAGACUAGAAGACCUGCAAAGUUCGAUACAACGCGCUGUAGCCGCGAGACCUUCUAUUCGGAACGACACACUUGAGUCAGAAACAUGGCUACCCGCGGUUACAACAGACUCCUCGCUACUGUUGGCAUUGAAUAAUACAUAGACACGAAUGCUUAUAAAUAUAUCGGCCAAUUGCCUCUUCGGCGCCUCUGACAUA